GCUCUGAGCCGGCGGGCAGCGUCUCGAUUGCUUGGUCGCAUUGAAUUGAACGCAGCUCAACUUCAAUUGACUGCGACGCAGCCCGUCUUGGGACAUCCCACAUCCCACAACCACCACCAGCCACCAUGGCCUCCCUGCCGACCGCCGUGCGGUCCACGGCGCCCAAGAUCGCGAGAAGCGCACUGCAGCGCCGGGCCAUUUCCGACGUGCACAUCACGCGCACCGGCAAGCCGCUUGUGCGCACCCAGGGCGGCCGUUCCUCCCUCGGCGAGCACACAGCUACCGUCUUCGGUGCCACCGGCCAGCUGGGCCGCUACAUCGUCAACCGGCUAGCGAGGCAAGGAUGCACCGUCAUCGUGCCGUACCGCGAGGAGAUGGCCAAGCGUCAUCUCAAGUUGACCGGCGAUCUGGGCCGCGUUGUGUUCACCGAAUUCGACCUGCGCAACACCCAGUCGAUCGAGGAGAGCGUCAGGCACUCCGACGUCGUCUACAAUCUGAUCGGCCGCAACUAUCCCACCAAGAACUUCUCGCUCGAAGAUGUGCACAUCGAGGGCGCUGAGCGGAUUGCGGAGGCGGUUGCCAAGUACGACGUUGACCGGUUCAUCCACGUUUCGUCGUACAACGCAAAUCCGGAUUCGACUUCCGAGUUCUUUGCCACCAAGGGCUAUGCCGAGCGCGUGGUGCGGGAGAUCUUCCCCGAGACCACCAUUGUCAGGCCGGCCCCGAUGUUUGGAUUCGAAGAUAAACUGCUGCUCAAGCUCGCCAGCGUCACGAACCUGUUCACGGCGAACAACAUGCAGGAGCGGUACUGGCCAGUGCACGUCAUCGAUGUUGGCGAGGCGCUGGAAAAGAUGCUGUUUGACGACAACACGGCGUCGCAGACCUUCGAGCUGUACGGCCCACGCAACUACUCGACGGCCGAGAUCGCCGAGCUGGUUGACCGGGAAAUCUACAAGAAGCGGAGGCACAUCAACGUGCCCAAGGCGAUCCUGAAGCCGACAGCUGGCCUCCUCAACCGCGUCCUCUGGUGGGACAUCAUGUCCGCCGACGAGGUAGAGCGCGAGUUCAUCGACCAGGUCAUUGACCCGUCGGCCAAGACGUUCAAGGAUCUGGGCAUGGAGCCCAGCGACAUUAGCAAGUGGACUUAUCAUUACCUGAAAGGAUUCCGGUCUUCGACAUUCUACGACCUGCCGCCUGCGACCGAGAAGGAAAUGCGGGAGGAGAAGAAAUACAUUCACGUGCUGGACGACCAGUAAGCGGCCAUUCAAAGCGAUGGCUUGGACAUUCGCCGUUGGGGAAGCAGACUGGACACCGUAGAGUGUACAUACCGAUCGACCUCAUUCAUCAGAUCACAUCAAACCAUUCCCGUCCAUCAAUCUCAAAUCUCUAUUCAAAAUGACCAACCAUGAGAGUGACGAUGAAGA